CGCCGCGCCCCGGCUCCUGCGGAGCAGCUUCGGCCCCCUGCAGACUGUAAGCGAGGAGAAGGCACCCCAGGCUGCACGAAGCGAGGACUCUCCGGGCCUUUCCUCCUCAGGCCUUCGCUGCAGACGCUCCGGGGCCUCCGGGCCGCUGCGGAGGCGCUGCCGGGGCCCGGCGGCGGCCCCGCCUCCCUCGCCCCGCUACCGUCUCCACGGCAACGCGGGCGCCGCCGAGGCGGAGCGCGGCCGCUGCGGAGCCGUCGGCGGGGGCCGCCGCCAUGGAGGCCGGUGCCGAGCGAGUUUCCAGUCAGGCGGCGGCCGAGGGCGGCGCAGAGGAGGCGGCAGCGCCCGGCGACGGCAGCGGGCCUGGGGGCGGCGAGAGAUACACGGGACAGUUGUACAUGGACCAUCGCCAUGGGAAAGGGAUAUGCUACUGGCCUGAUGGUUCCAAAUUCAUUGGAGCGUUUUAUCUCAGCCACGUAGAAGGCUAUGGGACUCGGGAAUGGAAGGACGGCAGAAAAUUUCAGGUUACUUCCCACAACGAUAUUGUCAAUCUUCUUCUCGAUAGUGGAGCUGAUGUGAAUAAGUGUAGUGAUGAAGGAUUAUCUGCUCUCUCCAUGUGCUUUAUUCUGUAUUAUCCAGCAGAAUCUUUUAAGGGUAAUAUUGCUGAGAGGAACUUGCACAGCUGCAAGAACGAACAAUCAGAACCGUCAGAAACAGCUAAUGUGUCUGAAGGCGUAAUCUCAGAACAGCAGAAGAGAUGGGCAACAAUCCAGCUGCUGCUUCACCGAGGUGCAGAUCCCAAUGCAUGCUGGAUACCAGCACCCCUUCUCUUCCUUGCCGUUAAAGCUGCAGAUGCAGAAGCAGUGAAACUCCUCUUAGAAAGGGGAGCCAGGACUGAUGUGUGGCUUCCAUCCAAGUUUGGGGGUCUAACCCCUCUCCACAUAGCUGUAUCUAUUCCUGGGGAGGAAGGAGUCCAGAUAACACAGUACCUCCUGCAUUCUGCACCAGAUCUUGAUGCAAGGGCAGAAGAUGGAAAUGAGGUAUAUGGUCCAGACCAGGUUCCUCUGCCUCAAACCAGAGAAACCCAGUUGUCCCGUGGUGUCACUGUGCACCUGAAGAAUGAAGCAGGACCACCAAAAGGGUACUUCUCCUCCUAUUUUGGUCCUGUUCCAGAAGAAGGUGGAAGGAGUGCAUUGCAUAUUGCAUGCGAAAGAGAGGAUAACUGUGAGCAUGCCAGAGAUGUUAUCCGCCUCCUUUUAAUGCAUAAGGCAAAUCCAAACACACUGUGGAGUGGCCAUUCACCACUUUCCUUAGCAAUCGCCAGUGGGAAUGAUUUGGCAGUGGUCGAACUCCUCAAACAUGGGGCUGAUCCAAAUCUGCCAUUAAGCAGAGCAGUAAGAAGUGCCCUCUGUACAGCUGUCAGUACCACAUAUGAACAGAAGAGAACAAAAGCACAGAGGAUUGCUUUGGUUGAUAAGCUGCUUGAAGCUGGCGCGGAUAUCCUUGCACCAGUUACUUUUAGGGAAGGACAGCAAAAAGCAGUGGGAACAGCUGUCGACUAUGCCUAUUUUGAAUAUUUUCAGGAUAGGAGAAUUGCUCACACACCAUACCAUGUACUGACAGCAUCUGAGCGGGAGAUUUUUCAAAAACGCCAAUCACUGAUGGAACACAUUACUGGGAAGCUCCGUGAGCGUGUCAUCCUGAAAGAGAAAGAAUGGAAUCAGGAAGAGCUGCGAAGAUCCAAGAAAUUGGAUUCAAAUAUUCGUACAUCUGCUUCAAAGAAGAAAUCGGGGAGCCAUCAUGCGAAAGAAGUGAGGACACCGUUUUUUAAAUACUGCUAUCAGUGCGGACGUUCUGUUGGUGUUCAGCUGACAUCUUGCAUUCAUUGCCAUGAAAUCUUCACUUGCAGUGAAGCUUGCAGAAGGAAAUCCUGGAAGGAGCGGCAUAGGCAUGAGUGUUCGGGAUUGCUGGUCAGUUUCAAGAGAGAAGAAUCUUUCAGGUGAGCACAGAACAAAAGGAAGAUGCUCCUGAAGACUAAUGUUCAUUACUGAAAUCAUAAAUAUACAACUUUCCAAGCUGAAGAACCUCAAUACAUCUAACAAGCUAGGAGGAACGGGGCUUUCAGUACAAACUUUACCUCUAUCUGCAUAUUAGAAUAGAAAUCUACGAGAUUUCUGACCUUUGUGCAUUGAAUCAUUGAUACCACCCUACUGUGGUUCAGGUAAACUGCAGCAUUUGUCAUUGACAAAAAAAAGGACAUUAUACACGUUAUACACAUGCACACACUACACAGCAGUAGAAGACUGGCAUAGUGGAUUUAUACAAGAAAUUAAAGUGCUGUCACCAUAUGAGAUGCUCGCAUAUGAGCCACAAUGAGGAAUCUGAAAUGUGAAGAUAAAUAAGGAACUGCUGCCAUUCUGAGGCUGAUCUGUCUUUUAGUGGCUGUCCAGCCACUAAAAAGUCGGUCCAGGAUGGGUCUUUUAAAUCUGGGUACUUGUAAAACCUGUGAAGGGAGUGAGGCCUGUCCAACUGGAGAUGAUUUAUAUGAAGCAUACAUGCUUAUCCGUAUGGGUUCUAAACAUCUUCUAGCGGUUUUCCCAAGAUAAGAUAUCAGUGGUGUACUUCCCAGAUUAUAUGGGAAUAAAUGAAACUGUUCUUAAUAACGGGAGAUUUCCCUUGCACCUUAAUCAAGUGCUUUUUCUUCUUCCUGUUCCUUUCAUAAAGUUUUGUUACACUCCUGCAUAUAAUUAAAGCUUUUGAGUUUCACUCUUUUCUGGAAGCUACCUUUCACCCACUUACACACUUCUGCUUUUACAGCAUUUGAUGUAUGAGAACUGCAACACGUGUAUACAGAACACUCUGUUUUUACUACUAUUUUUUCAUAUGUUUGGGAUGGAAAUGGGAACAGACUUAGAAAGGGAAGUCCUGAAGACUGUGAAUCGGAACCACUAGAAAACAAUAAAAAUGAUCUGGGGGAAUGGUAGAGGCUUCUGGAAAAACGGCACGGUGCAUGCCACAGAAGGGUAACCAACCAGCUUGAGUUCGGUCAGACUCUGUCUUUAAGCACACAGUGUGUUGCUGACUGUCCUGCACCCUGACAGGCAUGCUGACUUCUCUAAGCAACCAUCAUGGGCCAGUCAAAGCAGGACACUGGAAUGGAGACAAAGUAGCAGCUACUCCACUCAGCUUAAUUUUUGCAUCAUCCUCAAAGUGAUAGAGAAGAAUAAUGAAGUGAUAAUAAAAAAACAUGUUCGGAGCAGAAUGUGCCUUGAUAGAUGCUGCAGAAGCAGCAAAUAAAGCUGAAGGGCACAGGUCAGAUCUGAUAAAUUAUAGCCCAACCCACAGACAGCAGAGAUUUUACCACUUUAAUGGCAAUAUAUUGCUUAUUUAUGUUAAAAGAUUUGACUUGAGAAAAGAUUAGGAAUUUUCCUAAAAUAUGAAAGGAUCAGAUAUCUGAUAAAACUCCUAGACCAAUGAGGCAUUUGAGCUUGUUUGACUAAUGAAAUCAAUAUAUACAUACCUUCCAGUGAAAAUGUCUUUGCUCACAAGGUGUUCCUUAGUCAAAUUGUUUUCAAUGGUUAAUCCAUUCUGGAACUACUGACAGAUGAAAGAAUCCUUGAUGUGUGUAUUUCAAGUCAUGCUAUUUAUUUUCUUGAAACCAAAAUGAAAGACUGAGCUUCUAAAGAUAGAGCCUGGCAGAAGCACUUACUGCUUAAAUGGCAUUGUCCUUCCCUUUUGCUUUUGAACAUCUGAGCAACUCAGUAGUUAGAGCUUGGGUGAGUGAGGUGUUGAGUCUUCACUGCUGAAUUGUGACUGUUAACAGCUGCCAUCCAUAUCUUCCUCUUCAAAACUCUUCCUGUUUUCUGGAGUUCCA